CAUAAAUAGAAACAUGGGCCAAUUUUGUACAAAGGCAUAAAUGGGCUUAUGGGCUUAUAGUAUAAACUAACAAGUGUAGUUCCGCUUGUUAAGGUUUCAGCAGCCUAUUCAUUCGGAUCAAGCAAAUUUUGUGGCUAUUUUACAUUCUAAUACGUUCGAAACGUUACUUUAUUUUCUUCAAUCUUCACAUACUUACCGUAAUAAUAUUACACUUUGGUUUUUCACACACAUAUUAUCAUUUUAUAGGAUUUAAGCGAGCUAAGGAAAAGAAUAGGAGACCGAAAAUGGGCAGAGGAGUGAAUUAUAUGGCAAUGACACCUGAGCAACUAGCCGCGGCCAAUUUGAUCAACUCCGACAUCAAUGAGCUCAAGAUCGUUGUGAUGACACUCAUUCAUGAUGCUUCUAGACUCGGCGGCACCUCAGGAUUUGGAACUCAUUUUCUUAGAUGGCUAGCCUCUCUUGCUGCUAUUUACUUGUUGAUCCUGGAUCGCACAAAUUGGAGAACCAACAUGCUCACAUCACUCUUAGUACCAUACAUAUUCCUCAGUCUUCCUUCUGGCCCUUUUUACCUUCUUAGGGGUGAGGUUGGGAAAUGGAUUGCUUUUGUCGCGGUUGUGCUAAGGCUAUUCUUCCACCGCCGCUUCCCAGAAUGGUUAGAGAUGCCAGGAUCACUGAUACUAUUGUUGGUGGUAGCUCCAGAAUUGCUAGCACACAAAUUAAAGGAUAGUUGGAUGGGAGUUGUAAUUCUGUUAAUCAUAGGGUGUUAUUUGCUGCAAGAACAUAUCAGGGCAACUGGUGGUUUAAGAAAUUCGUUUACUCAAAGCCAUGGAAUUUCCUAUACGAUUGGGCUGCUUCUCUUAUUGGCUUACCCAAUUUGGUCCAUGGUUAUUUUCAUGAUUUAAUUUGUUCAUCAACUUUUACUUUUUAAAUUAUACACUGCCAUAAUUAUUACUCCUGUUAAAUUUGUGAAAUAGGUAAUUAAAAGGUUUUCAUCCAAUUUUCAUCAAUCCCAUCCCAUUUUCUUUGGUCCAACUUUUGCUUUCUAAUGUCAUUCAUUAUAAAUCCUUGAGAAAUGAUAAAUCUAUUCCCGUUAUAUUUAUACAAGAAUCAAUCAAGGGCCUUUUUUGAAAACUAAACUUAAGGCCUGUUCUCGUUGACUGAACUCAGGUGAAC